ACGACUAUAUGUUAAUUCAAGAGCUCGAGCAGCAAACAAUCUAAUUCAUAUAAAGGCACCAUAAAAUUUCAGUAAGUCUUUCUUAUCUCUUAAUAUUUUUCUAUCUUAAGUAGUUCAUUGAUAGCAAUCGUGCCUUGAUUUCAUUUUGUAACAAGAAUAUUUUGCCUUGAUUGGACUGUUCAAUAUCAAGGUUAUCAAUUUUCCCUUGAGCUAUAGUUUUUUAAUUAUUUGAAAAUGAGAUUUCUGUCUGGUCUAUUUUAUCUCAGUUCUGGUUCAAAUAAGCGACAAGUCCUGCUUUAAUCUUAAAAAGAUCUGCAACCAAACUUGAAAGUGAUAGUAAACACGGCUUGAUCGUGAGCAAUUAAACCUAUUUGGAGCGGUGGCUGAUCAAGUCGACAAGUCGGUUGGCUCGCGUCGAUCCGCGGCUCAUGCUCUAGUCAAACUGCUCUGGGUCAGUGGCAUUUAUUUGCCGAGUUAAUUCCGAUCAGCAUGGGAGUCAACGAGGAUUUCGACGCAAUGCUCCACGACAUCGGAGCUUGCGGCCUUUACCAAAUCCGACAGUACACCCUUGUCGCAUUUGCCAUAAUGUUUAGCGCGGUCAGCAGCAUCGGAUUCGUCUUCACUGCCGCUAUAGUGCCUCACAGGUACAAUUUCAUAUUUUUCUUUGCUUCAAUAUUUCAUUUGAGCGAAAGGUGCCUGAUCGGAGCUUGCGGGGACGAGAGCGAAACGUCACCGUUUACGCCUGAUUGGCUGUCUGAGGCUGUUCCUUUCAAAUCGAACGGGCAGCCGGAAUCGUGUCUUAUGUUCCAAGGCUUGAACGCCACAAUUUGUGAAUUUGAGAGAAAUGUCCAGGAGAGAUGCUACUCUUGGGUUAUGGAUGGUCCAGAGCGCACUAUACAGACUGAAUUUUCAUUGAUGUGUCCUGAAAAUGAAUGGAAACUCGCAUUAGUCGGCACACUGAACAAUUUGGGUGUUUUGAUCGGACUGCCCAUUUCUGGAUUUAUUUCCGAUCGGUAUGGCAGGAAAACAGCGCUUGUGAUUGCCCUGGUGUCUGCUGGAAUUUUCGGCUUGCUCAAAACAGCAGCUACUUCUUACAUAUUUUUCGUGAUCUUAGAAAUGAUGGAACCUAUGUUUGGAGGAAAUAUCUACGGAAUCAGUUUCAUAUUAGCUCUCGAGAUGGUCACUCCUAAUAAAAGGGUAGUGGGAAACAUGGUGAUCGUUUUCGCUUAUUCCGUAGGAAAUGCACUCAUGGGUCUCAUCGCCUGGGCUGCCAGAGACUGGCGAGUGAUUUUGUGGGCCACAAAUGCACCCGCCUUACUUUUCGUCCUUUACAUCUGGGUGCUGCCCGAGUCUGUGCGGUGGCUUAUGUCGAGGGGAAGACUGGGGGACGCGAAAAAAGUGGUCGAAUUCGCUGCAAAAUUAAACAAGGCAGAUCUUGAUAAGGAGAGUAUGAAAGACUGGCAGAACGGACAACUCGACAGAGUGGAUACUGACGCCACAGGCAAGGGUGAUAAUCUCUGGUCUUCUUUGCGGCAGGUGACAAAAAGUGGUGUUUUGCUUCUCAGACUUGCCCUUUGCUCGUUUUGCUGGGCGUCAGUGACGCUCGUUUAUUACGGUUUGUCUCUCAACUCCGUCUCGCUGGGUGGGACGGAAAACCAGUACCUGAACUUCAUUUUAACGAGCCUGGUGGAGGCACCCUCGUACUUGAUCACAUGGCAGUGCAUGAACAGACUAGGUCGCAGGAGAACCUUGUGCCUCACGUUCGUCGCGAGCGGCAUCGCGUGCUUCGUAAAUCCGUUUGUGCCCGACAACGCAGGUGCAGCUCGAUUGCCAUUGUACCUGUUUGGCAAAUUUGCAAUAACCGGUGCAUUUGACACGGUUUACGUUUUCACGGCCGAAAUCUUCCCGACAAAGCUGCGAAACUCGCUGCUUGGCACGUGCUCGAUGGUGGGCCGCAUUGGUUCCAUGCUGGCACCGCAGACACCUUUACUUACGAAAUUCUCCAAAUUUUUGCCACUCGCUUUGUUUGGAGUGGUCGCCCUGGUUGCUGGCGCCCUGGCACUAUUUCUGCCUGAAAGCAAGGGGACGUCGCUUCCGGUGACAAUUAAGGAGGCAGAGGAGAUAUCCAAGCAGCGCAAAAAGCUGAGACAAAACCAAGAGGACAUCCAAUCGGACCAGGAAGCAACGAAUCAAAUAAUUUAAUCAUUUGUUUUACUGACAAAACGUUGUUUUUUACCUUUCUGUACAAAUUGGAUUCCUUUCUUGCACUUUUUCAUUUAGUCACAUGCAACAAAUUUUAAACUUUUAAGUGAAUGAUGCUGCCAGUGUACAAUUUCCAAGGAAUAAAAAAACUUAUUUUGAGUACCAUGAGAAUUUCUUGCAUUCAUUAUUU